AUGAAUAACAAUUACUACAUUGGCGUAGGACGCCGCAAAGAAGCAACUGCUCGGGUCUAUUUAAAAGAAGGCAAAGGACAGGCUCAAGUCAGAACUAAUGAUGGAAAAGAAAAAAACUUAAAAGAUUAUUUUUAUAUGGAGCCUUCCCUUUGCGAGGAUAUUUACCAUCCGCUCAAAUUAUUCAACAAAGAAAAUGAAUACGAUUUAUUAGUGCGAGUAAAAGGAAGUGGUUUUCAUAGCCAAGCCGAAGCGAUUAGAUUGGGCGUGACCCGAGCCUUAUUAAAAAUUUCCCCAGAAUAUAAGACCACUCUCAAAAGUUUUUCACUGCUAACUCGGGAUGCCCGAAAAGUGGAAAGAAAAAAAAUUGGUUUCAAAAAGGCUCGCAAAAAAACUCA